AUGGAUGCAGAUAGCGCCGAUAGCGAUGGGAAGGAGGCCCUCGUGCGCCGUGCGUGCGACCAAUGCCGACAGAGAAAGAUUCGCUGCGACAAGCGCUCGCCGUGUUCCAACUGUCGCACGUCCAAGAUUAUAUGCAGCUCUACAGGAGCGGGCCAGAAACCUCGGGAGCCGCGGAAGCGCGUCCUGAUCUCCAACGAAUACGAGAAGAAGAUUGACAAGCUCGACGAGCGCCUCGGCGGGAUCGAGCAGGUCCUCCGAGACAUCAAGGCCAGUCUGGGCUCGAACACAGGGUCUCAGAUGUGCGCGGGCGCGCAUGCAACGCCUAUCUCUAGGCACCUGAGCCCCUCUGCUACGCAGCAGGAGUAUAGUUACACCUCUAACCCACAAGACGCAAUGGACCAGCACGAGUCGAAGGUCGGCUUCGAGGGCAAUUCGCUGAUGGCGACGGAGUCGGCGUAUGCGAGCGACUUCUUGCAGAUUGCAGUCUCGCGGAAUCCGUUGCAGAUGUCUGUUUCGAAGGUCAAUGCGGCGUUGUCGACGCUGAAGCAGCUGGUUAGUAUGCAGGAUAACCAGCCGGUUUCUGCGAGGGAGUUUCCCCUUCCGAAGCGGAGUAGGCUUUCGGAUUGUGAUUUGCGCGAGUUGACGAUGCCGCCGAUGAAUGUUGUUAUUCCGUUGUUGCGGAAGGCAAGAGAGAGUUAUGGCAGUACUUUACAGUCGUAUUGUCCGUUUAUACCAUUCGACCGUCUGUCGGAUAAGUGCCGAGAGGUGUACUUCAACACAGAGGAUUACUCUGAUGCGACAUUCAUCGUGGCGAAUGGGGGACUGUAUCAGGUCUUUGUCGCAGAGAGCUUCAUGUCUGAAAACCGCGCGAUGCGGGAGGAGUAUCAGAGAUAUGUUGACAUCUGCAAACAUAAUCUGGACACGACGUUAGCGAACUUGCAUCUUCUGAUGCCGGCGACUAGCGAGUCUAUCGAGGCUCUUGCGAUGGGGGCUGCUCAUGCUAUCGAAAUCUCCAAGCCUUCCUUUGCGUUAACAUUAACCUCCACCGCAUCCCGUCUGUGCCAGGCUCUGGGGUUCCACCAAAGGGCUUCAUUGGAAAAUGUCACUCCUAAGGAGAAGGAGCGGCGGUUGACUCUCUUCUGGUCAAUAUACUGCAUGGACCGAGCUCUUUCACUCCGGUUAGGCCGCGCGGCGACCAUCCCGGACUAUGACGUUGACGUACCUGUGUCAUUUGAGAGUAUCAAUGCCGCGGAACCGUGGAAAACCGCAUAUGUACUGUGGAUAGAACUCGGCACGAUCCAGGGCCUGGUAUAUGAAAAGCUCUACAGUCCAGCUGCGCUACGCCAGGGCGAAAUGAGUCGAGUAGCGGAGGCACGCACGCUCGCAGCCCGGAUGCGCGAUCGAGUGAUGCAGCCUUUUGAGAAAAUGUACCCUCUCGUUAACAACCUGAGCCCGAUCGAGUCCCUGUACAUAAAAUGCGACGAAGUCUGUCGCUUCUCGCUCCUGACCCUGAUCUACCGAGCCUUCCCACCACAGGCAGGCAAGCCAGGGACAUUCGUCACUGAGUGCAUUGAAACAGCCCGAGCGGCUCUUGAAUCUCAUAAGGUGUGCAUGGCGCAGUUGACAGAGGCAACCGCCGCUUUGAAACUCUCAUAUCUGCACUGGUCGAUUCUAUACUCCCCCUUCGUCCCCUUCAUCGUUCUCUUCUGCCACACAAUCGAAGUCUCCUCAUGGGUAGACCUAGACCGUCUUGAAGAGUUUGUCGCCUCCCUAAAACCAAAUUGCUCGCUCUCUACUGCAAUCUCCAAACUCCACCGCCUCUGCCAGGUCCUCAGCAACGUUGCUAGACUCUAUGUUGAGGCCAAAGCACAAGCACAGACACAGGAAGACCAAGCUCUUGCAUCUGUCGGCCACGAGUUCGAUACGUAUCUCAGCGCACUCGGUCUCGCGCCGCCAGCUGACGAUGGGGAAACUCGCUGGGCUGGCCCUGCAGUGGCACCCGGGAAUGCAAAUACAAAUGCAAAUACGAUGCCAGGCGAGAUGAACUAUCAAGCAGCUCAUAUUCAGAAUAUUGGCCCGCCGAUGCCGCACAUGACGCAGCUCGGGAACUGGUUCUCGGGGAACCAGUAUAUGAUGGGAUUGCUAGAGGAGGAUUUAUCCAUGUUCGACCAGUCGAAUCUGGCUUGA